AUGCCCGAUGGUGGCUUGUAUGAUGUGGAACAGUCGCCACACUACUGUGAUCAGUGCAGACUCAAUAAGAGAGGUUACUGUGCUGAUCAACAGUACCUCCUAGGCCAGAACAUUCUUGUUGGUCCUGAGCUGCAGGUGCCUUCUUGGUAUUUGUCCUGGGUCUUCCAGUCUUGGUGCAAUUGUGAGCCAAUAGGUUUGGUCUACUCCUUGGGCCAAUUGCGUUCUAGUAUCGCCACUUUUGGUCCUACUGGUGGUGUCCUAGAUUUAGGUACCUUUGGUCCUGUUGUCUUUCAGGCUAGCCCUCCUAGUUCUGUUCGGUCUAGUGGUGGCUCAGUGGCUUCUGGCAGCGGCUCAGUUGCAGUUCCUGGUAGCUUGCGUCGUUCUAGUUGUUUGACUAGUGCUCAUAUUUGUCCUUUAGUAGAGACUGAUGAUGAGGUUGAGUAUACUGAAGAGGUGGAUGAGCUGGCUAGUGAUGAAACUGACUACCAGCUCCGCCUUGGGUCCAUGUCACCUCUUGAGGGCUCCUUGGGUGCACCUGAGGUUACUACCACAGGGCAUACCCCUCCUACUCCCUUGGUGUCUCUGCUAAGCUCCCCUAGGUCUGCUCGUUCGGAUUUUAUGUCUCCUGUGACAUCGCCUGGACUAUAUGGAGCAACCACAAGACCCUAGGUCUCCUAGUGUUCACUAGCAACAGCAACAGCAACAGCAAAAUCCAGGUAUCCCUCCCCCUCCACAUCGUGUGGACCUCUUCCCUGGUUUACAGGAUCAAGAUCGUUUGGGUCGGCCCUUGGUGGUCCUGAUGCUGCCACCUGGUAUGCCGUAUCGCCUGUCUUGGGUCGAUGAUGGUGUGGUUGAUGUAAUUCCUUUGUGAAGUCUAUCUUCAUAGUUUUGAAUAAAAACUUGACAAUUGUCUAAGUUCUUGAGUGGUUCCUAUGUAGCAUCAUGAAUUGGAUAGCCUAACCAUUUGACUAGAUACUCGAUGCG